AUGGCGCUCCUCAGCCUGGUCCUCCUCAGCUUGCUGCCGUGCCUAUGCCUCUCGAACUUCCUCCCAGAUCUUCUAGGCACCGAUAGGAGACCACCGGGAGAUGGGUCGACUAGCGAGCAUCUAGAGAAUGCCGGUCUUAAACACAUAAGAGCAGCACUCCAGAGUCGGAAAGUCCACAACGUUACCGGCAGCGUCGCGCCACCAAGGAAAUGGAACAAAAUUGCGGAUCGUUCCUCGCGAGAUCCCUUAGCCAGCUAUGGGGCCGGAAUCGUGUACAUAAUGCAGCUCAAUAUCGGCACACCCGGCCAGAGGAUCUCGCUCAUUCUCGACACGGGAUCGUACGCGUUGCUUGUGAACCCGGACUGCAACCAAGCAGCAGACCCAAAUGCCUGCCGUACGUAUGGUUACUACGAUACGGAGCAGUCCUCCACCGCUCAAGGUCCUGACGGCUGGUUCUCCGGUCAAUUCGGCACCGGGUUUAUGCAAGGAGUGUGGUAUAAUGAUAUGGUAUACGUUGGCCAAGAUUAUCUGCCAUUGCCAAACUCGAGGGUUGGAGUGAGCCAGUUGAGCGAGUACAUAUGGGCUGGGGUGCUGGGGGUCUCGUAUGGCCGCGCAUGGAAUACCGGAUACCAAACCAUACUAGACCUUCUAGUCAAGGAACAAUAUAUCGAGGUGCCCAUAUUCAGCCUGGGUGUUGGUUACCAGGGCGGCGGAAGCCCGAGCGAUAUUAUAUUCGGGGGCGUCGAUAGAAAGAAGUUUCGAGGAUAUCUCGAACCCCUAGAGAUAUACCCUUACCCAGAGGACCAGAUGGCGCACUACGGCCAAGUAGGCUAUCGUGUGAAUAUGACAUCCCUCGGGAUUACUCCUCCCGGCCAGAACGAAGUAAUACUGACAGACGACCGCUUCGAACGUAACGUGUUGAUCGAUUCCGGAUCGACGUACACGUAUCUCGCUGCUGAUCUAGUCAUCGCGAUCGCCGAGGCCUUGCACGCAACCCUCGACGAUAACGGAGUCUACCGCGUGCCGUGCGAGAGCCGGAACCUCGACGGGUCCGUGAACUUCGGGUUCAACUUCUGGAACAUCGUCAUCCGGGUCAACUACGCCGAUUUCAUCGUCGACUUUGACUCGUACUGCGCCCUCGGGGUCCAGUCGCUGGACGAACCCGACGAUACGUGGGUGUUGGGCACCAGCUUCAUCCGGGCAGCCUACCUCGUAUUCGACCAGCUGAACAACGCUGUCUGGGUCGCACAAUAUCUGCCUUGCGGCGAAGGGGGGAUAACGGAUCUCACUCUGGACGCUGGUAGGGAGCUGUGGUUGGAGGUUACAGGUCUCUGUUAA